AGGAGGCGGACCAGGCAGCGCAGUUCCCUAGCCCGCGUCCACCCACACUCGGGCCCAGCGGCUGCUGUGUCCCGCUAGUCCGGCCAUGCAGUGGCUGUGGCUGCUGACCGUGUCUCUCAUUGUGAUGCCAGCUGUGGGGCUGAAUGGAGUCUCGGGGAAUGUCUCCCUGCUUGGGAACAGGCAGAGAGCCGAGUCUGAGGAGAGUCAGCAGCGCCGGUCCAAGAGGGGCACAGAGGGUGAGGAUGCCAAGGGGGUACAGCAGUAUGUGCCUGAGCAGUGGGCUGAGUACCCCCGGCGCAUCCACCCUGGUGGCCUGCAGCCUACCAAGCCUGUGGUGACCACCAGCCUUAACCUAGACCAGGAUGGCGACACCACAGGCAGCGGGCAGGAGCAGAGGGGCAAUCUGAGUGGUAUGCUGGGACAGCAGCUGCAGAUCCGGAACCCGCUGUACCCUGUGACCGAGAGCUCCUACAGUGCCUAUGCCAUCAUGCUUCUGGCUCUGGUGGUGUUUGCAGUGGGCAUUGUUGGCAACCUGUCGGUCAUGUGCAUUGUGUGGCACAGCUACUACCUUAAGAGCGCCUGGAACUCGAUUCUUGCCAGCCUGGCCCUCUGGGACUUCCUUGUGCUCUUCUUCUGCCUUCCCAUUGUCAUCUUCAAUGAGAUCACCAAGGAGAGGCUUCUGGGAGAUGUGUCUUGCCGGGCCGUGCCCUUCAUGGAGGUGUCUUCGCUGGGCGUCAGCACCUUCAGCCUCUGUGCCCUGGGCAUCGAUCGCUUCCACGCGGCCACCAGCACGCUGCCCGUGGUGAGGCCCAUCGAGAGGUGCCAGUCCAUCCUGGCCAAGCUAGCUGUCAUCUGGCUGGGCUCCAUGACACUGGCCGUGCCCGAGCUCCUGCUGUGGCAGCUGGCUCGGGAGCCUGCUCCCCCAGCCGGCACGGUGGACUCGUGUGUCAUGAAGCCGUCGGCCAACCUGCCCGAGACAAUCUACUCGCUGGUGAUGACCUACCAGAAUGCCCGCAUGUGGUGGUACUUCGGCUGCUACUUCUGCCUGCCCGUCCUCUUCACCGUCACCUGCCAGCUGGUGACAUGGCGAGUGCGUGGGCCGCCAGAGAGGAAGGCCGAGUGCCGGGCCGGUAGGCAUGGGCAGUGCGAGCGGCAGCUACACAGCACCGUGGUGGGCCUGGUGGUGGUCUACGCGCUGUGUGCCCUGCCCGAGAACGUGUGCAACCUGGUGGUGGCCUACCUGGCCACCGAGCUCUCCCGUCACACGCUGGACCUGCUGGGCCUCAUCAACCAGUUCUCCACCUUCUUCAAGGGCGCCAUCACCCCGGUGCUGCUCCUGUGCAUCUGCCGCCCGCUGGGCCAGGCCUUCCUGGACUGCUGCUGCUGCUGCUGCUGCGAGGAGUGUGCCGGAACGGCUCCUGAUGGCUCUGAGCGCAAGCGCAACACCGAGAUGGCCUCGUCCAUCUAUUUCCAUAAGCCCAGGGAGUCGCCACCACUGCUGCCCCUGGGCACACCCUGCUGAGGCUGAGCCUGCAGAAGGGGCGAGGGAGCGGGCUGGGGGCUGGCAUGGCCAUCCCUGUAGGCCGUGCUGUCUAGAGAUGGGUCCGCUCCUUUGGCUGAGUUACAGGUCCCUUUCGCUGUCCCUUGGCAAUCAAUUUGCUCCCUGUUUUCUCAGUGUGGGCACAGGGGGACACACUGAGGUUCUCAGAACUGUCCACAUAGACACUUGAUCCCACCAGCAGGAACCUGAGUUCGCCCUCCUGGGCUGGUUCUGCCUUAGCUGUCUCUGUUUCUCUGUCACUGUCUUUGUCUGUUUUUCCUGUUUGUCUCUGACUUUCCAUCUAUCACUCUUUCUUCCUCUCUGUCCUUAUAUCUGUCUUUCUGUCACUCUGCCUGUCUCCGUCUCCCUAUUGCUGUCUGUCUCCCUGUCUUUGUCUGUCAACUCUGUCAUCUGUCUGUCUCUGUCUCUAUAAUCUGUCUCUGUUUAUCUCUUUUUGUCUAUCACUCUGUUUCUGUCUCUCUCUGCCUGCAACUCUCUAUGUCUCCCUGUCUGUCACUUUUUCUGUCUCUGUUUCUGUCUCCCUAUUUCUGUCUCUGUCACUCUUUCUCUGUCUCUGUCUGUCUCUGUCAACAUGUCUGUCUGUAUCCUGGAAGCAGACCCCACCUGACCUAUGUCUUUAGCUGGAAUAUGGGGUACACCCUGAUGGCUCAGCUUGUUUCCCUUGGACAGGCUCUUGCCCACUUCUCUUCUUUUGGACAGGAAUUUUCUUUCUCUUCCCUUAGUGUACUCUGGGGACCCGGUCCCACUCCUAGAAUUCCUUGCUGAGGAACAAUAAACCAGGUAGAAAUUC